UCUGGAUCUCGUUGAAUGCUCGAAGCUUUUAGUUCUGCCCUAAUCAGAGUUCCUUCUCCCGGCGGCGACGUAGCUUCGCUCUGUUCGUUCUUCCGCUGCGCAAACUGCGGCUCAUCUGCGUCGAUUCUUACUCUGUUAGAAGCAAUGGAAAUUAAAUGAAUUGGCAAAGACAAAAGAGGGAGAAGAAAUAUAGCAAAUAGUUCAAGAUUGUGGAUUUUGGCGUGAUAUAGUCUAUUGUCUGAUCUUUGCUCUUCCUAUCAUUGACGUACUUCUGAAGAUAUAUUAUGAUGACAAACCAACCAUGGGAUUCAUUUAUAAAGAGAUGAAUCGUGCAGAAGAGAGUCUUCAAUUACCAAAUAAUUUAAAAGGGUAUGAGUUGUUUGUAAAAUACUUGAAGAGAGAUAGAAUCCACUACUUCAUCCACAAUAUAUAGGCAAGAAGAGCACAAAAUGUCUCGAAUGAACAGUACCCGAAACACCUUCUAGAAGAUGGAAGGGGCCUUUAAGCAUCGAAAGACGCCUUGGCAUUGUUCAUGGAAGGUAGCUUUGGUGAAUGGAAGGCGCCUUCUGCAGGAUAAAGUUUAGAACUUGUCGGCGAUAAGGAGCAACAAACUCGGGAUCAGAUUUGCCACAUUGGAGGCGCCUUCAAAGAUUUGAAAGACACCUUCCAUGCUCAAUAAAAGGAGUGGUCGCCCAAGUCAUCAUAUCAAUCAUUUAUACGAGCUUCUGUGCUUCCGAUUAGGCUUUCGACUGCUCUGACUUCCUACUGUUGCUUCAAAAAAGUCUGUCUGCCAUCGAGUUGUGCUUCCGAGUCAAUCGAUCAUCUCUGGCAGACCGACAACAACAUACGAGCGCAUCCAAAUUGUUGAGCCAAUGUCAUCGGUCAGCCAACGUAGAACAAGUACAAGAUGUGCUUCUUCUUCCAACUCUGGUUCAGGCCAGUGUCAUUCGAGCCGACCGAAGCAAUUAGGAAAGAGUUCAAGGAGUAUGUCGGCGCCGACGAGGAGAUGAGGGUCCACAAGCUAUCCAAGUUCGGUCGGUGUGGAACAAGUACAAGGUGUGUUUUUUCUUUCGACUCCAGUUCAGGCUGACAUCAGCCGAGUUGCCGGAAGUGAUCAAGGAGUACGUCAGUAGUGUGAUGCGGAUCCACGAACUGGCCGAGUUUCUAAUGAAGAUGCAAGGGGAGUCUGCUGGCUCCGCCCUGGAGGUGGCAGCGCAGGCCAUCAUCGACAGCGUCAAGGAAGUGAACCCCUUGAAGGUGUUCCGAAAGAAGAAAGGCCUCUUGCUAGACUCCUACAGAACUCUCUUAACCGAUGGCAACACUGUUCAUCCUCCGCUUGGAGUACACACAGUAUUUGUUGCUUCCUCUUUUGGAAUUUGCUUGGGUUUUAAGGAUGGCAUUGAAAAGGCAUCUGAAUAUUUUGCAGGCUAUAUUCUGGAACAGAGUAUUUCCAUCGAAUCUGUCUUUGUUUUAAUUUUCAAAUAUUUCAAAGUUCCUGUGAAAUGUCAGAGUCGAUUGCUUUCAUAUGGUAUUGCUGGUGCAAUCAUUUUCCCUGCAAUAAUAAUACUACUUGGGACUGCAACAAUUCAGGUAAUUAAACUAUCAAAUUGUCUCCCUACUGCUUCCGUAUUCCUUCAUCUUAACUUCUUAUUCUUAACUGUUCAUUGCCAAUGCUCAGAGAUUUGAGUUAGUUAACGUUCUACUGGCCUGGAUCCUUCUAUUUUUCAUCAUACAAGGUUAAAUUUCACAGUUCAUUUUCUUUUUUUAGUUGGUUCCUGCAUUAUGCAUUUUCUUGUGAUCGUAUGCUUAACAGUUCAUUGUGUAUUUAGGAAUUACUGGUCGGAUAUAUCGCAUGUGAUUUGCUAAUUUGGAAUAGACAUCUGGGUGCAUUUUGUCAGACUGAUUCAUAAAGUCAUAGAUUUGUUUAUCAUUAUGGCAAUCUAGUUGUUGCCGACCCCACCUAGUGAGAUAAUGCUUGAUUGUUGUUGUAUGACAAUCUAGUUGUUACAUUAGAAGACAAUGAAUUACUUAACCGAUAACCAUGAUUCAAGUCCUCCAUUAUAUGCAGUUUUUUCUGUUUCUUUAUCAGAUUAAAGCUAAAUGAAGUGGUUGCUGUUAUGGAGCUUUUCUUGCAUUAGCUGUCCAAAUAAACUGGACAUACAAGUUCUAGUUGUUGUCUUUCAGUUGUUGAUAUGGUUUUUGUUUACAGUUGUUGAUAUGGUUUUUCUUCUCAUUUAUAGUUUUUGAGAUUAUAUCUCAUUCUUUAACCAGAAUUUGGCUUAUCGCUCUUUAGGUCGGUGAUACUGAUGUUCUGGUCUUCUGGAGAUAAAAAUGGGACAAAAUUUUCUAGAAGCACACUUGUAAAACAAAUCUGGUGGUGCAAUGUCAUCCAAUUUGUACUAGAAAAUAUGUGGAAGCACAAGAGUGUAUCUAGUGAAGUUAAGAGGCAAAUGAUCAGAAUUUUAGUCCAACUAAUGAAAUUAUCAAAAAGGAGAAUCAGGAAUGAUGAAGAGUAGAAUUGUUAGGGGAUAAAACAAUUGGUACCAUUCAAGUAUUCUAAAUCAAAAUUUUUAAAAUAAUUUGAAGGAUGAAGCUUGUUAACAAAUUGUUUUUUUUUUGCACAGGUGGCAUUCCCUUCAAUUGUGCAAAAAAUCCAGAAUUUGUAAAAAUAUUCAUUUUGGUUGGAAAAUAUGGUUUGGAAUUUGUACCUCCGUUCUGCCA